AUGACCCUGGGGAUGAUCCGACAACGUUAUUGGAUCCCUAGAGGCCGAGCCAUCGUAAAACAACAAAUUCUUUGCUGCGUGACUUGUGUGCGUUGGCGGGCGGCGACGCCACAGCAGCUAAUGGGUAGUCUGCCCCGCGAACGGGUAACGCCAGCUAGACCAUUCUUACAUACCGGCGUCGACUACGCCGGAUCUAUUUUGCUGCGGACAACGAAAGGACGAGGCCAUCGAGCGCACAAGGCUUUCAUCUCCGUAUUCGUCUGCCUUUCUACAAGGGCCGUGCAUCUGGAAGUUGUAUCGGACUAUACGGGCGAGGCUUUCCUAGCGGCAUUGCGUCGUUUCACUUCUUGUCGCGGAUCGUGCCAGACCAUCCACAGUGACUGCGGGACGACUUUCGUGGGAGCAGACACACAGCUACGGGCCUUCUUCGCUGCCAGCAGUCCAGAACAACGGGCGAUCAUCAGGCAGCUCGCCGCCGAUAGAAUUACAUGGCGAUUCAACCCACCUUCGGCGCCUCAUUUCGGCGGAAUAUGGGAGGCUGCCGUCAAGUCUCUCAAGCAUCAUUUGAGGCGGGUGUUGGGAGAUGCAUCUCUGACCUACGAGGAGAUGAGCACUCUCCUCGCUUAG